CCGAGCAAGAAGAAGGAACUGUAACAGAGAACGCGAGAUUGGCGAGCAACGUUUGAUGAAUGACUAAUUUGUGGAAAGGCCGACGUAUACUCCUCAGAUUUUUCGACGUAGAUUUCGCAUGCAAAAAAAUUUGUUUCUUCGUAUAGUGGAGGCCAUUACUGCCAAUGACGAAUAUUUUCAACAAAUACCUGAUGCCACAGGUAGACAAGGUCUAUCACCGUUGGUGAAAUGUACUGGAGCAAUACGGGUGUUGGCGUAUGGUUCGUCAACUGAUGUUGUUGAUGAAUACUUGCGAAUGAGUGAAGCUGCAACAAGGAUAUUUCUAAUAAAAUUCGUAGAAGGUAUCAUUUCCUGCUUCAGUGACGAGUAUCUCAGAAGGCCUACUGAACAAGAUUUGGCAAGGUUGCUCUAUAUUGGGGAAGAACGUGGAUUUCCGGGCAUGAUUGGCAGUAUUGAUUGCAUGCAUUGGGAAUGGAAAAAUUGUCCAACUGGAUGGGCUGGGCAAUAUGCUGGGAGGAGCGGAAAACCAACAAUCAUUUUGGAAGUUGUUGCUUCAUAUGACUUAUGGAUAUGGCAUGCUUUCUUUGGGACUCCAGGUUCGUGCAAUGAUAUUAAUGUACUCCAUUGAUCUCCACUUUUUAGUGAUAUCUUAGAAGGUCGAGCACCAAAAGUUAAUUACGUUGUGAAUGGUCAUGAAAAUAAUAUGGCAUAUUAUCUCACCGACGGCAUAUACCCUCCAUGGGCCGUAUUUGUCAA